UUUCGUGGAUUUCCUUUCUUUGAACAUCUGCAAUGAGACUUCAUCACGUCUCCCAAGUUUGUGCAGUCUCGAAGCAGACCUUCAAUUUUGUGUGGAUCCCAUGACCAACUGCUAGACAUAAAUGGCCUUGAAAGAAAAGUUAAACUGGCGGAUCAUGAUGGACCUUGAGUGCAUGUCAGCCUCCAGUUCAAGGCCAUAUCAGUCCUCGUCACCCACCCACCACCCACCCUCUUCUCCUUACACGCCAUCAUCAGUAUUCAAGCGGGGCAUCUUUGACCUCCAACGUCCCAAUCCGAUCUCCCACACCCGACGCACUACCAUGGCCCCUUCGAGUAGCACCACUUUCCCUAGCGCGACCGCCACGUCCUCCGUGAACGAGCCACACAAGCACGCUUUCCCAUUCGCAGCGCUCAUUCUUCUCGCUUUAUGCAUCGCUUACAUCGCCAGUUACCUCAUAUACCGCCGGAUCGUGAAUUCUUGGAGCGCUACGCAAGCCACAGAGGAGAAAGUGCAGAACUUCCCAGACGAGUUUUUCGAGAAGAAGCCGAGAGGUGUGUCUAAGUCUGUCAGCCGCUUUGCAUCGGACUCAUAAGGUGGUGAGAAUCGCCUCGGUUCGCAUGGACCCAGAGCAUA